AUGGCCGCCGACGGGGUUUUGCAGCCUCCGGCUGGCCCCCACAGGUCCUUCGCUGAUCUGGUUUCGGCCGUUCCACAGCCCCUGCCUGAGAUGGAGGUGGCUUUUCGUCCUCCAAAGAUAGUAGAUGGAGAAAUCAUUUUUCACUUCUCGGCAGAGGAGAUUGAGCGCACUGCUACUCCUUUCCAAUACUCAAUGGUGAUCAAAUUCCUCCGCCCACGACCUUCACUUGAUGAUAUCCGUGUGUUCAUUCGAUCUAGAUGGGGUCUGUCCAGCAUGCCAGUCGUCUCCUCCAUGCAGCAACCGCGCCAUGUUUUUGUCCGGAUGUCCAACGAGGAAGACUUCAAUAAAGCACUUUCAAGAGACUCUUGUGACGUUAAUGGUUGUCCAUACCGGCCUUUUGUCUGGAAACCAGACUUUGAUGAAAGCUUUGAGUCCCCUGUUGUUCCGGUUUGGGUCUUUUUACCAGGACUUCCUCCAAAUUUUUUCCAUGCUUCAAUUCUUAAGGUUUUGACAGCACCGAUUGGGAGAUUCAUUCACCGUGAUAAUUCGACGAAGUGCGCAACCCGAACAGAUGGAGCAAGGGUGUGUCUUGAGGUUAAUGCAUCAAAGGAUCCUAUUCUACACUUUUGGAUAGGCAGUCCUGGUUUACCUGGAAGUCGACGGCAAGGGGUAGUGUAUGAAACGUUGCCCGCUUACUGUUCUAACUGCAGAUGCCAAGGCCAUAAUUUGAAGACCUGUCGUCGAGGUAAUGACUAG